UACAGUUCCCACAAGACGUUGCGUUUGAGGAGCGUGCUUGCAACCGCAGGGGGCAUCGGGAUUGAUAGGGAUGUUUCCAUCAUGGCGGCAUCCAUUUCAGGUUAUACUUUUAGUUCUGUGUGUUAUCACAGCGCCAACAGCAACUCAGAUCAUGAGGGCUUCCUAUUAGGAGAAGUAAGGCAAGAAGAGACUGUUAGCAUCAGUGACACACAGAUCAGCACUGCGGAAUUGAUCCAAGUAGUAGAAAUCCAUAACCAUGAUCCUUGUGCACAGUUGUUUAGCUUUUAUGACUACGCAGGCAAAAUCAAUGAAGAAAAUCUCAACAGCAUUCUUAAAGACAGGCGGAAAAACAUCAUUGGUUGGUACCGGUUCCGAAGGAACACACAGCAGCAGAUGUCGUUCAGGGAACAGAUCAUCCACAAACAGUUGACUCAGCUGCUUGGUGUCCCCGACCUCGUCUUCCUUCUCUUCAGCUUCAUCUCCACCGCCAACAGCUCCACACAUGCACUGGAGUAUGUACUCUUCAGACCUAACCGCAGUAGGUACAACCAGAGGAUCACCCUUACAAUCCCAAACCUCGGCAACACAAGCCAACAGGAAUACAAAGUCUCCUCAGUGCCCAACACCUCACUCAACUACACCCAGGUCAUCAAAGAGCAUGGGGCGGAAUUCUUUGACAAAGAUGGUGUGAUGAAGGAUAUUCGAACAAUAUUCCAGGUCUAUAGUGCACUACAAGAUAAAGUGCAGGCUGUAUGUGGGGACGUAGAACAAAGCGAACGUGUGAAGGAAAAAAUUCAAGAGGAUGUGAACAAACUUAAACAACAAAUUGCUCUCAGGAAACGAAAGACAGCAGAAGAGGAGAGGAGGCUCCGAGAAGCCCAAAAUGCAGACACCCAUUCCACACCAGAGGAAAGCACAGAACCUUCUGAGGCCUCCCCUCAGUCCCGGAUAACUUUCCACACACCCUCUGCCCCGGAGCGGCCCAGUACCUCACCCAACCCACCAUCUUAUGCUGACCUCUUGUCCCAGGAUGACUCUCUGCUCUCCUCUUCUUCCCCACCUACCAGUGCUGCUCUACUGCCCCGGCCCCAGGCUGUGGGUUCUCCUGGACACCCAACUCCUGGCCCGCUGGGGAUGGGCCUGGGCCUGGGUCUCGGCCUUGGUCUAGGCCAGAGCCCAAGCUCUAAUCCCGUCACCACUCCCAACACUCCCUACCUUGGCAAUGGUGAUGGAUCAAGCUCUGACUCGUUAGACCGACAAGCUGCAGGCCAGGAAGAUGAUGAAGACGACGAAGAUGAUGACGAUGACGAAGACGAGGACAGUAGUGAAUAUGAGAACUUAGUGAGUGAAGCUGGUCACCUGCCAAUGGUUUCUCCCAGCAUUUUAGCGCAAGGCCGACCGGCUGCCCUUAGUCCUGAUGGGGACGCUCGUGGCUCACAGACCACAUAGAAACAUGCAGGGUGUGUAUGGGACACGAAUAAGUGACACACCUUGAGAGGUGGGCAUCUCAAGCAAUCAAAGAUAGGCAAAUAUUGACAAAAGAAGUGCCAGUCCUGAAAGUGAAAGGCAUGCGCAGGUGGUGUCCCGCUGAGUAUUUCUUAUCGUCUUAGUCUGAUCUCCAUUGUAAGUGGAAAUGUUGCUCAGCUUCACAGGCUUAACGUGUGUCUCAUUGGGGGCAGGGGGAUUCGUCCAUUUUAAUUUUUGUCCUUUUGAAUUGGGAUCGGUCUGCGUUGGAUGUGUCUGGUUUCAGGGUUGUAAAUGGAUAUUACAGCGCAAUUUAUGCCAACUGGUUGGUAAGCCAGCUCCCUAAAGGACAGGCUCUUCUCCAUGCCUUUGUUAUCCUUUUGUCUCAUGUUUGCAGCACCCACUCUUGCAUUACCUCUUGCACUUUUUCUUCUUUUUUUUUUGGAGCCUUCUUUUAAACCAACCAUUUGAGAGAACUGAUGAGGACAAUAUUCUGCAGCCUUCGAACAAGUUAACUGGUUUUUAAAUGAAGAUGUAGGCAAAUGGUUGUUAACGUUUUGUUUUUGUUUUUUUUUUAAUUUGUGGAAAGAGACAAAUAUAUAACUAGUAUUUCUGUAACAUGCACAUUUCUCUCAUUUGAUUUUGGACUUGCUUUUUUUUUUUCCAUAUUUCACAGUCUUAAUUAAUGCAUACAGUUGCCUAUUUAAAUGAUGGAGAAUAGAUUUCAAGCAAAAUUCACUUCUAUAAUGGGUGCUUUAUAUAUACCUAAAUAUAUAUAUAUAUAUAUAUAUUUUGUCAGAUUAACAGUUAAUCAGAUUUGAUUGACAAGAAUGUCAAUGUUUCGUUCCUCUUGGAUAACACCGAAAUUGUAUGCGCUUUGCUGCACUUAACAAAAUUUCAGAUUUCUUUAUUAUAGUGCUAUACCAAUGCUUUCAUGUUGUGCCACUUGAGUUGUCCUCUUUGACCACCCUGAGCCAUCUUAGCUCAGCUUUUGUGUGAUGUACGGGGUUCACAGGGCAAUCACGAUGUACUGUAGCUUUACUAACCGGAUGCUUAAGGUUCCCUUUCUGCUGCUGCAACACGGAGAGCUACCACUAAAAAACUGCAUCUGUCUGUUCUUCUUCACAUAAAAACCUGGCUGCUGCUUCCACUUCACAGUGCUGGUUGUCUCCAAUACUACUGACCGUGAUCAUAUAACCACUUCAAGCUCAUUUCUCACUUGUUCUCUAUUAAAACCAUAAUGGAAGGCUGAUACCACCUGUGUUGUGUGAGCUGUAACCUUGGGAACAGAGCGGGCGAUCACCUUCCUGUCUUGGCAUAAUUGACAGCAGACCUCAUGUAUUCUGACCUGGUUGGGUCAAUGUUACGUGUAUGGACCUGGAUAAUGUGAUGAAAACAUCAUGACUUUGCUUCAGUACACAGUGCCUUCCACUCAGGGCAGUUUCUGUCUGCACACAGAACAAAUUCAGAGAUCUCACAUGAGGUGUAAAAUUAUAACAAAUUGUGUUGUGUUUGCAAUAAUUAACUUCCAGCUUUUUAUUUUAUUUUUUUAUUAUUAUUUUUAGUCUUGCAGUUCUUUUCGUGAUAUGUUUUGUCUACCAGAAACAAUUUUCACUAGUUCCUAAAGCUGACUUCCCUUUUUGUUUUCACUGAGGACUUAAAAGUGCACCUGGAUGUCAUUGUUGCAGCUGUGUCUUUGUUUGCUUCGUUUUUUGAAACUGGAAUUAUAAUUGUAAAGUCUGAGGGAAAUAGCUUAGUAACUAACACUUCCUGCAAGACAGAGUUGGUGUGAUGAACAUGAGUUUAAACAUCUGGACCAUUUGAAGAAAACUGAGUAACUUAAGUGUGGAUUGAUUAAUGUAGGACAUCCUCCUUGCAUGAACUGGUAAAUAUUAGACACUGUUGUAUUUAGCAUGGACAGACAUUUGCACUGCACACGGAGGAAGUCUUGACAUGAUCAGCAGUUUGCACUCAGUUUGAAAAAGACAUAUUUGCAGUGGGAGAAGCUUUGCUUUGUGAACAAACUCUGCUUUAUUUACACAGCUUGUGUGUAUGUCAUGUUUUUUGCCUUAGGGUCAUUUCAUUUGCCCUGAUGUGUAAUGCCAUUGAAUCACUUAUCGGGAACUGGCACUCAAAAUGUUACUUAAUAAUCACCCAGAGUAACACAAUCACACAAUGUUAAAAGAAAUGGCGAAAUCAAUUUGUUAGGAGUACGAUUUCCUUUGACUACUGGAAUAUAAUAAGGAAAUAUAUAAUGAAUGUAUAGUAGACAAGGGGUGGGGGGUGUAGCAUUUAAACAGCACUUACUGUAUAAGCUCGUCUCGGUUGAGUGUUGUGGUGGUAUAGAGCAGCAGUUCUCAAUAUUGGUCCUCAGUCUCAAUCCUGCUCCUCAGUCCAUAGAUGAUUGUGUUUUUAAGUCUUUCCUUCUGGCAUCCCCAGGUGUAGCGCUGACUAGAUGACCAGAAUGAAAACCAGCAGGGCUCUGGUGCUGAGGACCACUGGUGUAAAGCAUGAGAAGGCUAGCAUUACUAGGAUCCUAUACCUUUCAAGUUCCAACAAAAUACAAAUAUUCACUCAUGUAUCCUGACUGUAUGCGGUGACCCUUCCCUUUCCCGAGUGGGCCAUUGCAACAUCAACACCUUCCUGAAAGCACAAAGUCCAGUGCCCAGCUUAGAUCUUCUCAGCUUUUAUCUGGAUAAGUGUACUUGAUGAAAGUAGACCAAGGACUUGCUUUGACAAGCACAGAGAACAUGGUUCUUAAACUGGGGGAUAAUAAAUGAGACAUACAUA